CCCUCCCGUGCCUUGUUCCACACCCCCUCCCUUCCCCCCCCCUCCCCUCCUGCGCUCUCGCCGGUACCAGCAGCCAUGGUUGUCCCCCAGCGUUUCCUCACCUUCAACAGCAUGUUCGACCUUGCCCUCGCCGGGUCGAUCCUCCACCCGCAGACCUCCGAGCAGCUGCGGCCCCUCCUCGAGCAGUACCUCUUCCCCACCGCCUCCGAGGCGCUGCUCACCCCCUCCUUCUACCAGUCGCUGGCUCUCUUCAUCGGCGCCCUCGGCGUCACUCGCCUGCUCUUCGCCCUGCUCUUCAAGAUCUCCCAGGGCACCGGCUUCCUCUUUGACCUGUGCCGCCGCCUCUCCUUCGCCACCUACCUCGUGGAGGCCCUCGGCUUCUAUGCCCUCAACCGCAUGGGCAUCAUGGCCGACUACCCGACCUUCGGCGUGAUUGGCUUCUGCCUCCUUGCCUCCAUCCUCGUUCGCAACAUCGAGCGCGUCUUCCCCGACCGCCCGCACGUCGUCCCGGCCCACGCUCUGGAGCUCCUGCGCAAGCGCAAGGAGGCCUGCCUUGCCGCCUCGACCGCCGCCGCCGCCGCCGCUGCCCCCAACUCCUCUUAG